AUGACAGAUAUUGCAGCAGAGGAAGAUAAGGACCCAGACAUCGAGCUCUUUGUCAAGGCUGGCAGUGAUGGAGAAAGUAUUGGAAAUUGUCCAUUCUCACAACGCCUUUUCAUGGUCCUUUGGCUAAAAGGUGUGGUCUUCAACGUCACCACUGUUGACCUCAAAAGGAAACCAGCUGACCUUCACAACCUGGCCCCAGGGACACACCCACCCUUUCUCACAUUCCAGGGAGAGGUGCUGACUGAUGUCAACAAAAUAGAGGAAUACUUAGAGGAAACACUUGCUCCACCUAAGUAUCCCAAACUGGCAGUAAAGAACCGACAGUCCAACACAGCAGGAAAUGAUGUGUUUGCCAAGUUCUCGGCUUACAUUAAAAACACAAGUCCUGAUAAAAAUCAGCCUUUGGAGCAGAGUCUCAAUAAAGCUCUAGUAAAACUCGAUGAGUAUCUGUUGAGUCCGCUCUCAGAUGAGGAUCACCUUGUAAAUGGAGAAUCUACACGCAAGUACUUGGACGGUGAUGAGCUGACGCUAGCUGACUGUAACCUUCUUCCCAAACUUCACGUUGUCAAGGUGGUGGCGAAGAAAUACCGCAAUUAUGACAUCCCCUCCCAGUAUAGAGGCGUGUGGCGUUACCUCGGCAAUGCGUACAGCAGAGAUGAAUUCACCAACACUUGUGCAGCUGAUGUGGAAAUUGAGCUAGCUUACAAGGAUGUCGCUAAAACGCUCGGGAAAUGA